AUGGCAAACCCUGGCGAUUUUUGGUUUGAUUGUAGUGAUGCCUUUUCCUUUGUGAGAGAGGGGCAUAUGCUUCUAAAGUUCUCGAAUAGAGUACAGAAAGGCCCCAAGUAUCCCGAUGUGCCCGAAGUAGAAGCGCACAGAGUAGCUCCCCCACUGGCAUUCACACACCUGCGAGACGACCAGUCCCGCCCUGGGCCGCCCUGCCCCGCCCAGCCCAGUCCAGCCCAGCCCCUCCCUUCCUCCAGCAGGCUGACCCAGGGGUAUAUAUUGACUGGUUGGCUGUCAGUGCUACAACCAUCACCUUUGCGGCAGUCUCGGCUCGUCUCCGGUGAUAUAGACACACGGCAGUCAGUGAGCGACAUGUGGGUCUCCGUGUAUGCAAUAGUAGUGUUGGGAGCAGCAGGCGUGCUGGCCGAAAGUCCCCAAAAUGACAAGGCAGCCAAACGGCAAGGAAUCUUCACAUGGCCAUCAGAAACAACAGACACCAUCAUCACAGAGACCAGAACCAAACCAGAGCCCACCGACAGCAACACCAACACGCCAUACCCCAUACACUCCUCUGUCAGACCCGUGGACUGUGCAGACCACCUGAUGGCCGGGGCCACAGUUAGUGGUGUGUACGAGAUCUACCCCUUCACGUGCACGUGUGGAAAGCCGGUGCUGGUGUGGUGCGACAUGGAGACAGACGGCGGCGGCUGGACAGUGUUUCUCAGACGCCAGCACCAGAGGGUCCAGCUUGACUUCAACCGCACGUGGGACGAUUACAAGGCAGGCUUCGGCAGCCCUUACUCCGAGUACUACUUGGGCAAUGAUCUGCUGCACCAGAUGACGUACAGCCGUGCUUACGGCAUCCGUUUGGACGUGGGCUUAGUCUCUGGAGGUUACGACUUCGCCACCUACGAGAAUUUUAGAGUUAAUUCUGAGGACAACAGGUAUUCCGCCUACAUGACGGGAUCUCUCACGGGAGGCAGCAGUUCAACAAGCUGUCUCCGCUAUAUGAGUGGCCGCUCCUUCACCACACUCGAUAGGGACCACGACAGCUAUGGCGGUAACUGCGCAUCAGUAAGAGGAGGAGCGUGGUGGUACUAUAAUUGUAGAUACUUCAACCCCACAAGCACCUUCAACACGAGUCUCCAACUGACCUGCUAUGGUGCCUCUAGGCCCGUGACGCAGCUCCAGCUUAAGCUACGGCCAGCCAUCUGUGACUCCUCCUUCAAGACCAUCCACCUCAUGGACAUGGGCUGUGGCUGUGCUGCUCCGGAACACUAACACCUUCACACUUAAUCUGCCCACUACGUGACCACCCGGAUAUUCUACAUUCUUGCUGCUCUUGAGUCUCGAAUCAAUAUUUUGAAGCGCACUGGGCUUUCAUCUGGACUCUUUUUAAAGGCCACAUAUAUGACCCUGUUGAAAGUAGUAGAGAUGAGACGCCGAAACGUUUGGAAAUAUGGACACCUAGCAAUACACUUCAUAGCACACACCGGUUAUUAUUAUAAGGUGUACUAGCAUUUCUUGUCUUAACGUCAUUGUCUUGCAUCGUUGAUUAAUAAAGGUUUGAGGAAUUAU